AUAGUGUGAGUGUCUGGUAAAUCGAUCAGUUGCGAGCGAACUGUCGCUCAGGCUACACGUGUUCGUAGUGUUUGCGGCGAUAAUUACCACGCAGUACCGGCAGCAUGUCAAAGCGCAAAGUUUUUAAUAGCGAAGGACGAGGAAUUAUCGCCAAAGUCUAUCACUUUCUUCAGGAGGAGUACCAAUUUCUGAAAACGCACAACAGUGACAAAUGUGAUUUAAGUCCUUUGGCGAAUAUAACUAAGCGCACUGCUGAAGCAACAGGAGCCUCUGAACGAACUAUAUCAAGGAUCUUGAAAGAAGAAAAAGAGCUGCCAUCGCCUUCCUCCAAGUUCAGUUCUCCCAUGAAAAAACGACGCAAAAGAGACAGCAAAUUCGAUUUCCGUGGUAUGGACUACGACAUCAUUCGAACUACAAUCCAAAGUUUUUAUAUUGAACACAAUGAGAAACCAACUUUGGCAAAACUACAGUCAGUAUUAAAGGAAAAGAUUGGUUUUGACGGAUGUAUGAGUACUUUAUAUUCUUUGCUCAAAAAAAUGGGUUACAAAUGGAAUAAAAUUGGUAACACACGUAAAUCGUUACAAGAAAGGCACGAAAUACAACUAUGGCGUUUGAGAUUUUUGAAAACAAUUCAGCAGUGCCGUUCCAAAGGCCGCCCUAUUGUGUACACAGAUGAGACAUACGUACUAAAUAAGGACAAAAGUUUUAUUGUAGCACAUGCUGGUACCAGUAGUGGUUUUAUUUCAGGUGCUUUUUCAGUAUACAAAGCAGCAACCACAACUGGAGAUGUUAACUUCUACAUGAAUUUUGAUACUUACGUUAAGUGGCUGAAUGAGAUGCUUCUGCCGAAUUUACCAGAAAAUUCAGUAAUUGUGAUGGAUAACGCUGUUUAUCACAACGCCCGAAGCAGUAAAAUACCUACGUUAAAUCACAGCAAAGACGAUAUGCAAAAGUGGCUAAAAGAAAACGACAUUUAUUUCGAUGAACAGUCUCACAAGUUAGAGCUGUACAAUUUAAUCAAAGAAAAUAAAAAGCGUUUUGUGACAUAUCACAUCGACGAAAUAGUAAAAAGUAAAGGCUUCGAAAUAUUACGGCUGCCACCAAAUCAUCCCGAGCUGAACGCGAUCGAAAACAUCUGGGAUAUAUUAAAAACUCGGAUUGAUUGGAAUGAUGUCGGACAAAACCUGGCUGAAGUCAAAACAGCAAUACUUAAAGGUUUGGAGAGCAUCGAUGCCAACAUUGCCUGGCAUAACGCUUGCAAACAUGUGGAAAAAAUUGAAAAAGAAUAUAUGAAAUAUUAUGAUUUUGAGUUUGAUACUAAUUUAGCCUACCAAUCAGGUGACAGUGAUAUCGAAGAUUUUCAAAGUGACAGUGAUAGUGAGAACGAAUACGGAGUAGAAGCCUUAUGUGAGUGCAAGUUAGAGUUAUGUGAAUCUUAAGUAUUUCUGGUCAAACGGUCAAAAAUACGUUUAUAU